CCUUUCGCACAACAAAGAUUGUCCACAUAUUGCGCCAACACGAAUAUCGACAUCAUUCCGCUCGCCUUUCUGCUCCAGAUCACAACAGGUACAGGUGAGCAACCCGUCAUCAAUCUCGCUAAUGCUGGCGAUAACUGCACUGGUCUGUUCACAGGUACAAGUCUCCUCGACUGCCCGGAAAUCGGACAAGACAUUAUCACAUGUCAACAAGAAUACAACAAGACCAUCCUCCUUUCCAUCGGCGGAGCUACAUAUACCGAAGCCGGAUUCUCAAGUGAGGCCGUGGCGAUACGUGCGGCUGAGCUGGUCUGGGACACUUUUGGCCCGACUUCUCCGGCUCCCUACAAACGUCAAGCCUCCACAAUCCUCCGCCCCUUCCACGCCGCCGCAAUCGACGGUUUCGAUCUCGACCUCGAAACCUCAGUUCAAAAUUUCGCCCCUUUUGCCAAAAGACUCCGUCAACUCAUGGAUUCCGCCACCGAUCGAAAACCUCGGUACCUCACCGCAGCUCCGCAAUGCGUGUACCCGGACGCCGCUGUCGGAACGCUAUUGUCUGAUCCCGAGAUUUUCUUCGAUGCGGUGUUCGUGCAGUUUUAUAAUAAUUAUUGUGGGGUGCAGAGUUUUGUGGGCGGUGAUGGUGGGAAAGAAACGAAGUUCAAUUUUGCCGUUUGGGAUUCUUGGGCGAUGGCGGAGGGAAAUGCUUCGGUCACGGGGAGUGUUCCCUCGAGGAAGAGAGCAGCGGCUCCCGACAAUACAAAAGUCUUCCUUGGGAUCCCCGCGGGUCAAACUGCGGCUGGAUCCGGGUAUAUGAAUGUCGAGGGGUUGAAGCCGAUUUUUGAGUAUUGUCAGACUUUCACUUCGUUUGGAGGGGUGAUGAUGUGGGAUGCCAGUCAGGCUGUGGCGAAUUUUGGGUUUUUGGAAGGGGUGAAGAGUGCGUUGGAAGGGAGUGUUGCG